CUUUCAAGAUUUUACUUUUGUUGCAGGGGAUAUUUAUUGCAAGAUGCAUGACAUAGUACAUGAUUUUGCUCGGUUUUUGGCCGAGAAUGAGUUUAGGACAUUGGAGAUCAAGUCUGAUCAUUUGACUAUAGAUGAUGAGUCAAAGCUUCGUCACUUGACAGCGAUGGUUGAUAAAGGGAUCAAUUUUCCUAAAAUGAUUUCUGGUACAGAAAAAUUGCAAGCCUUUAUAACGUUCACUGGGGUGGGUGCACUGACUUCUGAAGCCUUGUGUAGAUUGUUUAAUCAAUGCAGAUGCUUAAGGGUAUUGUCUGUUGGUUUGCCCGAUGGAACUGAUCAUUUAUGUAAAGAAAUUCCUGGAGGAAUUGGUAAAUUGAUGCACUUGAGAUUCCUUCACUUGCCUUGGAAUAAUCAAUUAGAAGGGCUACCCAAAACACUCUGCAACCUACUUAAUUUGGAGUCUUUGGAUUUGACGGGCUGCCAAAAUCUCAAGCAAUUGCCAGAUUCCAUAGGAAAACUAAUCAACUUGAGGUUUCUUUAUACUAAUGGUUGCUAUGCUCUCACUCACUACCCAAAAGGUGUUCGGAAAUUGACUUCUCUUAGACAAUUAAGGGGGCUCAUUGCUAGAGCUGAUCGCAAUGAUUCUAAAGAAUUCAGCCUUGUCGAUCUUGAAAACUUGAAGCACCUCCAUGAACUGCAUUUGAAACUGGUGGGAAAUUCAAUCGAUGAGGAGCAGGCUAGAAAAGUUGAACUUCAGAACAUCCCGAAAGUACGAAUAUUUUUGGCUGGGAGUAUUCAAGAAGCAGACAUAAAUGAAGCCUUAGACCCACAUAAAAGCACACUAGAUUUAAAGUUCGUUGAUGACUACUGUAUUGACUUUUGAAUACAAAGGGUACUUUAUUUAUCCAAUCAAAAAAAUAAAGUGCAAUUCGCUUU